AUGUCAUCAUUACCAUUCUGUGAAUAUGACAAGAGGGGUGCAGCAAAAUGCAAGAAGUGCAAGGAGAAAUGUGAAAAAGGAGUUCUUCGGAUUGGCAAGAUUGUUCCAAACCCAUUUUCUGAAUCUGGAGGAGAAAUGAAGCAGUGGCAUCAUGUUGAUUGCAUAUUUGACAUGUUCAAGCGUGCCCGAGCCACUACUAAGAAGAUAGAAGAUCCUGUGGAAGAUAUUGAUGGCUGGGAAAACCUUGAAGAAGAGGACAAGAAAAAGAUACGUGCUUUAAUUGAUGAUCUUCAAAACAAUAUCACCCCUAAGAAAGCCACACCUAAGAAACAAACCCCAAAUCUUCAGAAUAAUACUACCCCUAAGAAAGCUACACCCAAGAAAGAAACUCCACAAAAGAAAGCUCCUCCACAAACUUCAAAAUAUACAGGAACUCCAAAGACUGUGAAGCCCAGUCGACCAGAAACAUCAAAUUCUGACUCUUCAAAGCCUGCACUACCUCCGAGAGCAGAUCCUGGCACGGACCGAAAUCACAAGGACAACUCUUUUAGGGAAUUUCGGCGGAUAUGUGCGUGUGUUGCUGACGAAUCAAGCUAUUUGGGCAAAACUGAAAUAUUGUCGAACUUUUUUAAAAAUGGCACUAGCAAAAAUGGGUUUGAGGGUGACUUAAGACUUUGGGUGAAGCUGCUUCUCCCUGGAGUUGUGAAACGAAUAUACAAUCUCCAAUCCAAGCAACUGGUCAAACUUUUUUCACAGCUGUUUGGCACUAAUCUGGAGGAAAUGAUUGAAGACUUGGAGAAAGGUGAUGUGGCAGAAACAGUGCGGGAAUUUUUUGAGAGAUCCACAGUUCUUCCUCCUAUUAAAAAAAGUAUUUUGUCCAUACAAGAUGUUGAUGAAUUCUUAGAGGAAUUGAGUGGAAAAACACGAGAAGAAGAGCAAUCCAUGCUUCUAAAACAAAUUGCUAAAAAAAGUACUGCUAACGAUUUGAAGAUGAUCGUCCGUUUGAUCAAGGGAGAUCUCCGGAUCAAUGCAGGAGCAAAACACAUAUUGGAUGCUCUUCAUCCCGAGGCUUACGAAGCAUUCCAAACUACGCGCAACAUAGAUACAGUAUUGGACCAAAUUUUGGAUGCUGGCAGUUCUGGAGUCAAGUUCCAAAUGAAGGCUCAAGUUAUGACUCCAGUCCUUCCCAUGCUGGCAGAGGCAUGUAAAUCAGUUGAUUAUGCUUUUAAGAAGUGCCCAAGUGGGGCAAUGUUUGCAGAAAUUAAAUACGAUGGAGAAAGAGUUCAGGUCCACAAGAAGGGCAGCAAGUUUAUGUAUUUUUCACGUUCACUAAAACCUGUGAUGUCUCAUAAGGUAUCCCAUUUUAAGGACUACAUACCUAAGGCUUUUCCUCAUGGUAAAGACCUUAUUCUUGAUUCUGAAGUGUUGCUCAUCAGUACAAAAACAGGAAAUCCAUUGCCAUUUGGAACACUGGGAGUUCACAAGAAAGCAGAGUUCCAGGAUGCAAAUGUGUGCCUUUUUGUCUUUGAUUGCAUUCACUACAAUGGAGAAGAUCUGAUGAAUGUGCCAUUGUCAGAACGUCGUGAAAUCCUGGAAGAGAACAUGACUGAGAUUAAAAACCAUAUUAUGUUUUCCGAGAUGAAGCUAAUAAAUAAAAAGGAGGAUUUGCGGGAAAUGAUUAAAUUUGUCCUCCAGGAAGGUCUUGAAGGCUUAGUUCUCAAAGAUAUUAAUAGCAUUUAUGAACCUGGAAAGCGCCAUUGGCUAAAAAUCAAGAAGGAUUACUUGAAUGAUGGAGCAAUGGCUGACUCUGCUGACUUGGUGGUGCUGGGAGCUUGGUAUGGAACUGGAAGAAAAGGAGGAAUGAUGUCAGUUUUCCUGAUGGGAUGCUAUGAUGCUAGAAUUGACAAAUGGUGUACUGUUACCAAGAAAGCGCCAGUUUGGGAAAUCACUGGAGCAGAGUUCACGCGUCAUCAGAUCCACACAGGAGAUGGAAUUUCCAUUAGAUUUCCACGAGUUACUAGAGAACGUAAUGACAAGACAUGGAAAGAAGCCACAAAUCUUUCAGAAUUACAGGAGCUGUACAAGAAUUCAAGAGAAUGUUUAGACUUCGAAGCACUAGCCUCUGAUGGUAAUGAUAAGACAGAUGAUGAUGACAGCAGUAAGAAGAAUGGAAACUCAGGAACCUCCACACCUGUCAAAACUCCCAUGAGUGGAGGACCAUCAUCCAGUAGUUCGUUUAAUACUUCACCAAAUAGUGCCAAAGGAGAGAUGUGGAAGAAUAAGGUCCAGAAGACACUCAGUAGAUUCAGUAAAGAUGUUGAAGAGGAUAACACUGAAGAGAAGAAAAAAUCAGAUACAGGAAAGAAGGGAUUGAAGCAGGAGAAAAGAAAGUCAGAGGACUCAGACAGACCUUCAAAAAGGUACAACUAUAAAUUUCCACUUCCAGAUAUAUUCAUUGGUAUUCAAGUCAGUAUACCAAACAACACAGAGAAAAUUGAUGAGCUGAAAAGAUAUGUUAUAGCGUAUCCUUUUAUAUAUACUAGAAAGAUAUAAUGUGUGAGGUAAGUGGCUUGACUCCUGUGUCUUUAUUCCAUUUAAAAAUUUACUGUACUGUUCUU